AUGUGUGACUGUGUCUAUGCAAUGCUACUGUUUGUGCUUUUUGUGGGAGCCUUUGGAGCAGAGGAAGACACUGCACUCUGUGAGAUGCUUGGAAGCCCAGAGUUUCCUCUGUUAUCUGGGGAAGGAGAUAUCACAAUUGGAGGAGCUUUCUCCAUUCAUAGCCAAAUAUCAGAGCCUCCACUCUCCUUCACAGAUGCUCCAGAACCGUUCACAUGCUCCAGGUUAAAUUUGAGAGAAUUUCGUUUUGCCCAAACAAUGAUUUUUGCCAUCAAGGAGAUCAACAAUAGCAGCUCUCUGCUGCCUAAUAUCUCAAUUGGUUAUAAGGUAUUUGACAGCUGUGGUUCAACGCUGGCUUCAACGCGCGCAGUAAUGGGUCUAAUGAAUGGGCAGGAAAGGUUUUUGGGUAAAACCUGCUCCAUCCAGUCAUCUGUUCAUGCCAUCAUCGGAGCCUCUGAGUCCUCGUCAACCAUUGUGAUGCUACAAAGUUCAGGGAUUUUCCAAAUACCCGUGAUCAGCCACUUUGCCACUUGUGCUUGUCUGAGCAACAUAAAGGAGUACCCCUCGUUCUUCAGAAUCAUCCCUAGUGACUACUAUCAGAGUCGAGCAUUGGCAAAACUGAUGAAGCACUUUGGCUGGACAUGGGUUGGGACAGUAAGAAGUGACAAUGAUUAUGGUAACAAUGGCAUGGCAACAUUUAUCACAGCUGCAAGACAGGAGGGGGUCUGUAUUGAGUACUCAGAGGCCAUCUCAAGGACUGACCCCAGUGGGCAGGUUGCCAAGGUGGUCAGAGUGAUUCAAAGCGGCAGUGCAAGGGUUUUAGUUGCCUUCCUCGCCCAAGGUGAGAUGGAUGUUCUGCUUGAGGAAGCUCUGAAACAGAACUUGACUGGGCUGCAGUGGGUGGGCAGCGAGUCCUGGAUUACUGCAGGUCAUCUGGCCACUAAAAGGUAUUCAAGAGUCCUGACAGGGUCUCUGGGUUUCACCAUCAGAAAAACUAAGAUCACAGGCCUCCGAGAGUUUCUUUUACAGAUUAACCCAAGUCAAGACCCUCAUAAUAAUUUGCUGAGAGAGUUCUGGCAAGCUACAUUUGGUUGCAGUUUCCAGUCCAGUCUUCAUGGUCAGACCCUGUGCUCAGGCUCUGAAAGACUACUGGACAUCAACAAUCCUUUCACAGAUGUGUCAGAGCUAAGGAUAUCUAACAAUGUGUAUAAGGCUGUGUAUGCUGUGGCUCAUGCCAUGCAUAACAUGUUAAAAUGUGGACAGAGUGGUGAUGCAGUGAAUCAGCGGUGCAUCUGGAAAGAUGAUUUCGAGCCAAAACAAGUUGUGAAACACCUCCAAGGUGUGAAUUUCACUCUUCAGUCAGGAGAAAGAGUGUAUUUUGACGGAAAUGGGGACCCUCCAGCGUUUUAUGAGCUUGUGAACUGGCAGAGAAAUCAAGCAGGAGAUACUGUGUUUGUGGCUUUAGGGAGCUAUGAUGCCUCACUACCAAAUGGAAAGCAGUUUACAAUGAACGGAAUAAACACAACAUGGGCUGCCAAGUCCCCAAAGAGGCCACUGUCUGUCUGCAGUGAGAGUUGUCUGCCAGGUUUCCGGCAGGCUGUGAUUAAAGGCAAACCCAUCUGCUGUUUCUCCUGCAUCGCAUGUGCUGCUGGAGAAAUCAGCAACUCAAGCAAUUCUGCUGAGUGUUCACGGUGUCCACUGGAGUACUGGUCAAAUGAAGAUCACAGCCAGUGUGUUCCAAAGGUGAUUGAGUUCCUAUCCUAUGGCGAAACCUUGGGCGCCCUCCUCACUGCCUUCUCAUUGUUUGGAGCGUGUUUAACACUGGCAGUGUCAUGGGUCUUCUUUCGGUUUCGUCACACACCUCUUGUCAAAGCCAACAACUCUAAGCUGAGCUUCCUGCUUCUCUUCUCCUUGACUUUGUGUUUCCUGUGUUCUCUGACCUUCAUCGGCCAGCCCUCUGAGUGGUCCUGCAUGCUGCGCCACACAGCUUUUGGCAUCACGUUUGCCUUGUGCAUGUCUUGUAUCUUGGCUAAAACCAUAGCAGUGGUGAUCGCCUUUAAGGCUAAAAGGCCAGCAAACACAGUUACUCAGUGUUCUGCUCAGCUUCAGAGAACAAGUGUUCUCAGCUAUACUUUACCGCAGGUGUUGGUUUGUGUGCUGUGGUUAACCCUUGCCCCGCCAUUCCCCUACAAAAAUACGGCUUAUGUCACUGAAAGAAUUAUUCUAGAGUGUGAUUUAGGUUCACCUAUAGGGUUCUGGGCUGUGCUGGGGUAUAUAGGACUUCUGGCUGUGCUAUGCUUUAUUCUUGCUUUUCUGGCUCGAAAGCUGCCUGAUAAUUUCAACGAAGCCAAGUUCAUCACCUUCAGUAUGCUGAUAUUCUGUGCAGUCUGGAUCACCUUUAUCCCUGCGUAUGUCAGCUCUCCUGGGAAGUUUACUGUAGCUGUGGAGAUAUUUGCUAUUCUGUGCUCUAGUUUUGGGUUGCUCUUCUGUAUAUUUGCUCCAAAAUGUUAUAUUUUAAUGUUAAAACCAGAGAGAAACACUAAAAAACACAUGAUGAGGAGAAACCAAUUAAAAUAA